AUGGCUGACCAAAAACACCAGUACUCUCUUUCUUUCAAAUCUUUGCUUCUUGCAGCGUUUUUGUUAUGGAUCCCUGAUGUUGGAUUUAGUGCUGCGGCUGUAGGGUCGCCAGUUAGGGGCCAGGGCCAAUGGCAGCUCCUCCUAAACAACACCGGAGUGGUGGCAAUGCACAUGGCAUUGACACACCAGAACACUGUCUUGAUGUUUGAUCAAACAGGAUCAGGCCCGACUGGGUACCGUCUCCGGCAUCGUUACAACGGGAGAAGGUGCACUCGAUCCAAGAAUGAUUUUCAAGAUUCCUCAUGCUAUGCUCACACUGUCGAGUACGAUAUUUUCCAGAACAAAAUUAGUCCUCUAACGCUUUACACUGAUCCCUGGGGCUCUUCUGGUUCUUUCUUGAGCAAUGGAACACUCCUACAAACAGGUGGAUUUGGUCAUGGUUCUCGAAGUAUCCGAUACUUUAGGCCAUGCCAGGAUAGGAAAUGUGAUUGGAAAGAAUCGAGGAGAAGAUUAUCCAAUGAGCGCUGGUAUGCUUCGAAUCAGAGACUCCCUGGGCAUGACAGGGUCAUUGUCUUGGGUGGAACAAGAGUUUUUACAUAUGAAUUUGUACCAAAAAGGUCAGAUGGAGAAGGAGCUUUUGAUCUUCCUUUCUUGCACCAGACUUAUGAUCCUGAUAGUACAGGUGGGAACAACCUCUACCCCUUCCUUCAUCUUUCUUCUGAUGGCAAUCUGUUCAUUUUUGCAAACCGGGAUUCUAUCCUUUUCAAUCUUAGAAGAAAUAGGGUGGUCAAGACCUUCCCUCAGAUUCCCGGGGCCGGGUCGAGGAACUACCCGAGCUCUGGAUCCUCGGUGAUUCUUCCAUUAGACCACAGAGACGAUUUCCAGAAGGUGGAAGUAAUGGUGUGUGGAGGUGCAGCUUCAGGAGCUUACAAAGCAGCUGGUGAAGGAAGAUACUUGGAAGGGCUGAGCUCUUGUGGAAGAAUGGUGAUCACAGGGAACAAACACAAGUGGAACAUGGAAAAUAUGCCUGGACCCCGUCUCCUAAACGACAUGCUGAUCCUCCCCACUGGAGAUAUCUUGAUCAUCAAUGGAGCACAGAGUGGUUGCGGUGGAUCCAACAAUGCAAGGAAUGCUUCUCUCCAACCUUACCUCUACAAACCAAACUCAAGACUAGGCAGAAGAUUCUCAGUCCUAAAGUCCACCAAAAUAGCCAGAAUGUAUCACUCAACCGCCAUUGUUUUACCUGAUGGAAGAAUCUUAGUUGGUGGAAGUAACCCUAACAACAGGUACGCUUCCAGAAACGUGGCCUACCCAACUGAGCUUAGGUUACAAGCAUUUGUUCCCCAGUACAUGGGUCGGGAAUAUCAUAAUUACAGGCCGAUCAACGUGACAAUACACUAUGGAGAUCACGGUGAGGAUGGUGUUAAAUAUGGAAGAGAGUUUAGAGUUGGGUUUUCGUUGGGAACGAAGCCAAGCAAUGGAGUGGAGUUCAAUGUUUAUGCACCACCCGUCACAACACAUUCCAUCUCAAUGAACCAGAGGAUGCUAAAGCUGAAGUGUAGGAGCAUGGUGAGGGCUAAAGAUGGAAGGAUGGAUGCGAUUGUGGAGGCACCUCCAUCUCCGAAUGUUGCACCCCCUGGUUAUUUCAUGCUCACUGUAGUGAAUGGAGGAAUUCCUAGCAUAUCUCAAUGGGUGAGGUUCACAGACACUUAA